CCGGAGCUCUUCAAGGCUGUCGUGCUGCGCGCGGCCCUGAAUGAAGAGAAACGGCGCCGGAGUGGAUUUAACGGGACCGGAUGCUGCACGCGCUCACCCCGCUGUUUGUCCGUGUGUGUGUGUGUGUAUGUGUGUAUGUGUGUGUGUGACUGUGAGCAGUGUAAGGUGUGUGUCCGGUGUCGGUGAGCUGGAGGACAGAGGAAUGUGGAGUUUACAGAAUGCCCGACAGCGCCGGAAAGAGAUUUAAACCCACCAAAUAUAUCCCAGUGUGCACCGCGGCCACUCUGCUGGUGGGCUCAUCUACGCUGUUCUUCGUGUUCACGAGUGGGAGGAGUCAGAGGUGCACACUGAUGACAUCAUAAGGCAGCGACCGGCUUCGGCAUGGAAUGUUAUUCUUGAGGAGAGAACGUCUACAGUGUCCGUGGUUGGCGAAUGUUGUGUCUACCGUGGUUCCUGUCUACAAUGGUGUGGUGUUCCUCUUUGUCCUGGCUAAUUUCAGCAUGGCCACCUUCAUGGACCCGGGCGUGUUCCCCCGAGCGAAUGAGGAUGAGGAUAAGGAUGAUGAUUUUCGAGCUCCGCUCUAUAAGAACAUGGAGGUGAAAGGAAUUCAGGUGCGGAUGAAAUGGUGCUCCACCUGCCACUUCUACAGACCACCACGAUGUUCACACUGCAGUGUGUGUGAUAACUGUGUGGAGGACUUUGACCAUCACUGUCCCUGGGUGAAUAACUGCAUUGGUCGGAGGAAUUACAGAUAUUUCUUCCUCUUCCUGCUGUCUCUGAGCACACACAUGGUGGGCGUGUUCUCAUUUGGUCUGCUGUUUGUCCUGAACCACCUGGAGCGUCUCAGAGAGCUGCACACCACCAUCACUAUGAUAGUGAUGUGUGUUUCUGGUCUAUUCUUCAUCCCCGUUAUGGGACUCACCGGGUUUCACUUGGUGCUGGUGGCCAGAGGGCGCACUACUAACGAACAGGUAACAGGGAAGUUUCGGGGAGGUGUGAACCCCUUUACUCGUGGUUGCUGUGGCAAUGUAAAACAUGUUCUGUGCAGUCCUCUAGCUCCAAGGUAUGUGGUAGACCCCAGGAAGAAGCCGAACAUCCAGAUAACCCCCCCGUUCCUGCGCCCCGUUUUGUCUGACCGUAACGUUGUUGUUAAAGUGAGUGAUAAUGGAGUUCAUGCUAACAUCCUGAGAGCAAAGUCAAAAAACAGUCUGGAUGGUUUUGGGGAGAAGAAUGCAGAUAUUCAGCCUCCUCUUCCUCCUAAAGCUGAGCGACAUCAUCAUCAUCAUCAUCAUCAUCAUCAUCCUCAACAGCCGUUCCAGAGUCAGCUGACAUCCAGUGAAGAAAGUUCUCUGUCCAGUAAGGCCACCACUCCGUCCACUCCGGCCAUGUACAAAUUCAGACCGUCGUUCGGGACGAUACCCAAAGUGCACUACAAUGCCGUGGGAGAGAAGAUCUCGAUGUCUGAAGACACCAAAUCGUCGGCCAUCUUGGAAGAGCGAGCUCACGACUAUCGCUCCGAGCCGAACCUGGAUUUCCCGGAUUAUGGUGGUGCUGAAGUUCCUCCCCUGCAUCGCCACUUCCUGUCGUCUCCGUUCCAGCUCGACUCCUACAGCCUAAAACCCACCGGCCGCAGGGAGGAACCCGUGAAGCUAGGGGGCAUCAAACCCGAGUCGGUCACGUCCACGCCUCAAAGGGGCGUGUUCUCCCCCGGGACGAUGUCCAGCCGAAACGCCAGUCUGUCCUACGACAGCUUAUUAACACCCAGCGCUGCCAUGGCUCCCUCUGUGCCCUUCCACUCGCCCUACCUGCCCGCUAAAACCUGCCACAUGCGACGUCCUGAAUUGCAGCACCAGCAUUUCCCCUCCUCCCCUUAUAGCCCCGCCCGGGUGGGGUACCUGUACGGCCGGGAGCAAGAGAGAGAGCGAGACACGGAGAGAGAGCGAGACCGGGAUCCGUCUCCUGUCCGCUACGAUAACCUCUCCAAAACCAUCAUGGCAUCCAUCCAGGAGAGGAAAGAGCUGGAGGAGAGAGAGAGGCUCAUUCUGCGUCACAGCCAUGCCCAUGCACACAGCCAUGCACACAUUUACGCCAACGACUCGGGUGUCUUUGAUGGACAUUAUCCCGCCUCCAGAGGGUCUCGGGACGAGCUCACCAGGGUCGGGGUGAUGUCCUUUGGCUCUCGCGUCCUCCACUCCUCUGCGUCGUCGCUGGUCCGAGCUCACGGACCGUCCACUUCCUCUCUACACAAUGAGGCGGGAAACGGAGGAGGCGUCCAUUAUUGCUCUCCGUCCCAUCAGCCCCCUCUCUCUCCGUCACUCUCUCCUCGUUCUCCUUCCUUCUCUCAUCACAAACUGUCCUUCGUCAGCGCUGUGGAGAGAGCUGAAUCACCUCACCUGGGCCACAGGGAGGAACUUAUUCGAGGGAAAGUUAAUGGACAGCCUAAAGGGCAGACGCGAGACUUCCACCUGGUCUCGUCCUCCGGAGCGCCGCUCAGCCCGAGCAUCAAAAAGGUGACCGGAGUGGGCGGGACUACAUAUGAGAUAUCGGUGUGACGGACACCUGGAACCACCAAUCCGUACAAGAGGAAGUACUGCCAUGGCAACCAACACUACCACCAGUGAUAGAGCCUCUCUUUCAGGACACUGUAGCUAACCAAUCAGAGCCUUUCUCACAGGGGCCGACGGGCCAAUCAGAGCAGGUCUUUCAGGGUUCUGGUCCAAUCAACGUCUCCUAGUGUUUCUGGUUGGUGAUCGCCGCAUCUCGAGGCCAAGACAUUAUUCUGUGUGUGUGUGCGUGUAUGUGUGUGUAUGUAUGUAUGUGUGUUUAAAAUCAGGAGUUUUAUGUAUCCCUUUAUUUCAGAAAAAAAUGGUUUAAAAAGCUACAAAGGAAAACAAUCCCCUCUGAAAAGGGCUGAAGUGUCCGUUAACUGUAAUAUCCAAUAAAAAGGUGCUUUUUGUGUGUGUGUGUGUGUGUGUGUGUGUGUGUGUGUGUGUGUGUGUGUGUGAGAAAGAGUUGUAGGCCACCACCUUCCAGUAUCUUCACCACCAUCAAUGACACCCUGCACUAGUGUUAGCAUUAGCAUGCAGUCUGUCUUAAUUCUGACUGAAUUUUUAGAAACUCAGAAACUUUACUUUUAAAGAAAUAAAAUAAAAGUUACUGAAUUUACUCUUAAAUAAAAGUGCAUUAAUAGCCAUGAUUGUGCUAAAAACACUCACGAACACGUCACACACCUCAGAUCUCCAUGUUAGCGCUCUGGCUAGCUGACAGCGGCCAUGUCUGUAAAAUAGUCAGUUUUUCCCCCAAAUGCGGCACGUUAAAUGUUGAAGUUUCCUUGUGUCGUGGUGAAACUGUGUGUGUGUGUGUGUGUGUGUAAAUCUGACGUUUGCUUGUAUCGUGUAGUCGAUUCAUUCUGCACGUGAGCAAGACGUGAAAUAAUGAGGGGAAAAAAAACAUGUUCUGUCAUGUAAGUAAAAUCAGUGUGUGUCGAUCAGGGGGGCAAGUACUUAUGAUCAGUCUGUGCAGACGGGGGGGUGGGGGGGUUUACAGUAGUACACACUUUGUCCCCCUCUCUCUAACAUGGAGAUCUCUGGUCACUGCAUGACAUAAGACACGAAUUAUACUUAGGGUUCUUUAUUAAAGAACUCUCCACUCUAAACAAAGUGCAUUUAAAGUUUAAACACUUACAUUUACACUAAAGAGUAAAAGUGUACAUAUUAUUAUUAUUAUUAUUAUUAUUAAACUGACCCAACCCCAUACAUCCUGACCCCACCUUCUGCUUUCACCCUGACCCCAACCCCAUCUUUAACCCUGACCCCACCCCAACUUAAACCCUGAAACCACCCCAUUUUUCACCCUGACCCCACCCUAUCUUACACCCUGACCCCACCUCCAUCUUUCACCCUGACCCCACCCUGACUCCGCCCCCAGUCUUCCCCUUUCAGUAAAUAAAUCACACUCUUAACAAUAUAAUUUUUGUGUUAAAUCUCACUGUGGACUCGACAGAAUUCCGUUCCUGUAAAGUGUUAUUUUUAAUAAUAAUUUUAGUUGAACACUUUAACUCAAAUUCUCCAUUUUCACUUUUUUUCUUCUGUAGAUUCUUCGUGUUCUUGUUUUUUUGCUUUGUUAUGUUCUGUAGUACCAGGUUAGCAUAGCUUAACGCUAACACUAUCACUGUGUCAGGAUGAAAUAAGCCGUGAAUCCCUCAUGUCUGUCUGUGUCACAGCCUGAACAACGGAAUAUUUUUUUAUUUAAUAAAACUCUAUUUUGUCCUAACUCCGGAGACGUGAUCACGCCUGCUCUUAUCUAAAGUCUUUAUUUUCUUCUGUAUUUUUUUUUUCUCAGCCAGUAAAGUAAAGUGUAUCUGUAACUCACCUGAGAUGAUUAGCGCAGGUGUGUGUGUUUAAGUUAUUAAAAUAUCUUUCACUCGGGAUGUUCACUAUCUAACCAUCACACUUUACAUUGUGUAAAAAAUUAUUUAAAAAGAUGACUACUUUCAUACAUUACUUUUAUACCAUGAAUAUAAAUCUAAAUAAAUCUCCAUCUCCAUGAUGAGUGAGUAAAGCGGUGUGUGUAGCUGAUCAGAUGAACCUGGGUGUGUUUUAGCGUGUUUCAUCAGUGUGUGUCGUGUGUGGAAUUGUUUUGCCUUUUGACAGGCUGUCUGGAACAGCAAAGCAUUCUGGGAAGAAAAAAAUAAUUGUACAUGAUGUGUGUGUAAAAUUCUAGACAAAGAAGAAUAAAAUCUUUUUCUGUUGAAAUACAGACGUGUUCUGAAGAAAUAAAAAUAUUUUAGUUUGAUAA